GCCUAGGCAACACCAAUGCCAGGCCACAUCAGCAGCCUUGGCCACACCAGUGCCAGGCCUCACCAGCGCCAGGCCCGCGAGCAUCCUGGCAUCACCAGGAGCCAGGCCCGCAAGCUGCCUGGUCAAUCAACCAGCCAGGUGGACACCAAGUGGACAGCCAACCAGAGGUCCACCACCUGGGUCAUCAACCACUCAUGGCGUCACCGGUCUACGGUCAUCGGGCAGCAGGGCAACCACGUGCAGCAUCCUCCGCGCCUUCUUCUUCUGCGAGGUGCCAAUAUGUACGAGCACGAUCGUACAUCCUGCUGCACCGUCAGCAUCGACCGCCGGGCGACCCGUGAACCCUCAGCGUGCACCGUCGGCACUCUACACCGACGGCACACUAACAAAGACCUUUAAAUGUGUACAAACAAUAAACCAUGUAUAAAUAGCAUAACAUAAUACCAAUAAACCAGAUAUCAACCGUCCGUCGUUGUGUCUCAUUUCCCCCCGCUGCGGCCAAGACACCCUUAGCCGUC